AUGGGAAUAGCAUUGUGGUUUGAACCACAUGCCAAUUCGACAGAGCACCAAACGCUACAGUCGCUGAUAUAUUCGUUACAGACGCUUUUUCCAGAUGCCCCUGCUUUUGAACCACAUCUGACCAUCACCUCUCAAUUAAAGUGCCACUCUGUCAGCGAUGUCCAACAAAUACUGACAUCUUGCGUCGCAGCUGUUGGUGCAAUUAGGGCUAAAGUGAAGGAAGACAAGGAGUCCCUGGUAUCUUUUGUGGGAGCAGGCAUUGGUAAAGGGUAUUUCACGAAAGUUCGGCUGCUUUGCUACGAGAACAAGUAUUUGAUGGGCAUUGCGCAGGUGAUUCGGGAACUGUUCGUUGCAGAGAGUCCGGAGCUGGCAUCCCAAUGGCUCCUAGAAGAGUUCAGACCUCACGUUUCGUUGAUAUACUCCGAGAUGUACCAUGUAAACCAAGCGUUAGAACGAGUUAUUACUCAAAGAAUCGAGGACGCCCUGGAUCUUUUGCUCCAUCCAAACGCUGUCGCUGGAGAACAGAAUCAGAAAUCGUGGUCUUUCGGUAGCAGUGUAUCCGGAUGGGGAGUUCCGGGCGUCUUCAAGGUUGUCAGGUGCGAGGGUCCCGUUCAAGAGUGGGAAGUUUUAGGUAGCGUCGAAGUUUAG